AUGGGUGAACAAGAGCGAGAAGAGAAGGAGAGAAAAGAAACUAUGCAACGCCUACACGGACGUGAAGCCAUGUUUCGGAUGCGCUCACUCCCCCUGGCGACCGCCGACGCCCUGGGUUCGGUGUUCGUCCACCAGACGGUGUACGUGUUCCCGCCUCCGGGACAGCAGUUCGAUCCGAACUGCGUGCGCCUGGUGACCCGAGGCCGAGACCCGGCCACCGCGGUCGCAUGCAUGCUGGGAUUCUUCAAACUCGUCUGCGAGGACGGAUACAAACAGAUGGUCCGCGCCAGCGAAGUUGACGGCGUCUGGCUAAACGAUGUGCACGUGAGCGGUGUCUUCGUGCGCCGCGAGCUACGCUCUCUGUGCGCCGACUCCGAGCCCGCGGCCACCAUGGACGACUUCUACGUGCUCCUGAGUGUGCUGCUGUGCAACCUACCGCGCGCUCGUGGCUCCAACCUGAACCGCGACUGGUUCCAGCACCGGAUCAACGACCUGGUCGAGCUCUUCCCGGGAGUCUCGGAGCCCCCUCCCGUGCCCCUGUAUGGCGAGGAGCAGGCGGACGCCAUCUCCAACUUCGGCGAGAAGUGGCGCCACACCAGGGCGGCCCUCUGCCGCGCCCUGCUCAGGAGCCGCUUCGAGGGCCCCCAUGCGGCAGGUGCAGGAGUACGUGUCUGCGGGCUGCGCUUCGCUGGCAUGGAAGCAUGUGCAGCUGACCUGGAGUUCCUUCAUGGCCGCAACUCUUGGGUCUUGGACCUCAUCCCAGAGCUGCGCGCCAAGGGUGACCAACUCCAGGCGUUCCUGAAGGCGUACCAGCGGUUGGGUGCCGACGGCCCCUACAUGAAGCUGCUGCACCUUCCCGAGGCGGCCCCAGCCAGUCGCAAGCGCUGGGCCUGCACGUGGCGGCCCGCGUACGCCUUCGCCGUGCUGGAGGAUGACAACUGGCUCCAGUACAGGGGUGUGCCCCGGGACGAGGCCGAGGAGGCGGUGCUGGCCAAGAUUAUGGCCAUCAAGCGCAUGGGCCUCGGCGCGCCUCCAAGGAAUGGCCCGUCGGCCGUCGCCCCUAGGGACGACGACGACAAUACGAGGGGCGUGGACGUCGCCGCAGCGGGCGAGCCCGCCGCCCACGCGUCGGCGCAGCCACGGCUGAAUGACGACGACGCGCUCCGCAGAAGCGCCGGCGCCACGGAAAGAGUUCGAUCACGUGACGUCGCGCCAACGGCGAGUGGCAACAGGGGGAAGUACUCGGAGAGACGCCAUCGCUCCGAGAAAGCACCCGAACAGCGACUUGAGAGCUCCCCCAGGCCCCGUCACCAACGUGGUCCGGCCCUCGUCCGUUGCGUGGUGCCAACCUGGACGUCGUCGUAUGCCGUGGCCAGUCUGGCGAUUAGCCUGCCGUCGCCCGACGUCGACGCUGGACCCAAGUCGCGGUCUCGCGUCAGGCGGGCAGGGACGGGCGUGGACGGGGACAGUUUCCACGCUCC